AUGAUGGGUCCCGACCACGUGGGUCCUGGCCACGUGCACUGCGGCCCCAUUGUACCUCGUCCAGAGAGUCAGCGCGAGCACCCGUGCUCGGAGCAGGAGUGGGGGAGGCGGAGUGAGCAAGGAUGCGAUACAGCAUCGAAUGCUUCCUGCCACGCCCUGUGUCGAGUACCAGCGGAGGUGGUGGAGGGCAGCAUUGCACCGCACCUCACCGCGUCUGACCUCUGCGCCAUGGCGGCUGUCUGCCGCUGCUGGCACCGCGUUGCCUCAUCGGACUCUCUGUGGCAGCAGCGUUGCGAGAGCACCUUCCCCUGCCACCCGGCCAUUGCUGCAAGCGGAGAGAUCGGGGGAGGAGAAGGCCGAGGGGACGGGGGAGGCGGAGGGGGAAGAGGCGGGAGCGGGGGAGAAUCAGCGCGGUGGAAGGGACUGUUUGGCGCGCUGGUGCUGGCAAGGGCGCAGUGGGGGGGAGGGGUAGAGCGGCUAGUGGCACGGGGGGUGGACUGCUCGAGCGAGUGGGGCGAGUGGCGCGUGCAGGGUAUUGGGUGCGGGGGAGAUGGCGGCAUCUGGUGCAGCGAGCCGCGGACCAAAGCCAGACGGGCAGCAGAGAGCAAGCGGCACGGCAAGGCAUGCGGCGGAGCAGAGGGCAGAGCAGGGGGCAGAGAAGGGGGCAGAGCAGGGGAGUUUGUGGGCGUGGCUCUGGCGCACCCCCUGUGCGCCGUGGCUGGCGUGGUGGUCACACCCGCCCCGCUCUAUGGCUCCUCUCGCGCCUCCCACAUGCAGGUGCAAGUGGGUUUUUCCGCCACCUCCUUCCACUACACCUCCCCACCCAUCCGUCUCUCCUCGGACUGGCUGCAACCGCACACCCUCGCCCUGCCCCCUGCCGCCCUCGUUGCCGGCUCCCACCUGAGAAUCUACCUGACAGGCCUCUCCCCGCUCACUGCCUGCCAGCCAGCUGCAGCAGCAGCAGCAGCAGCGGUGGAGCGAGUGGAGAGGGAGUUGGUACUGGCAGCGUUACAGCAGCAGCCAUGCUUCCAUGCCGCCAUGGCACGAUGGGUCCGACCUCGUGCAGGGGAACCCCUGGACGCUGCUGAGGUCAUCAUGGCCCUCAGGCAUUCAGCCCGACUCACCAGCAGCAGGUGGGGCAGCAGUGGUUGCAGCAGCAGAGCACCAUACGACUACAGCAGCAGCGGAUCAACACCCGGGCACCACCAAACCAUCCCCUGCAGUGGUGCUGCCUUCGUUCCAGAGCAACCCCUGUCUGUGCGUGUGUGGGGAGCUUAUUAG